CUUUGAUAAAUUAUGACUGCAAUUAGUGUUUAAACCCAUUCACACCUUGGAAGCAAUUAAUUACUUCAUGAAAACGGUCAACGUCAGCAAAAGUGGCGGUCUUGUUAGCGUUUGACCAAUAUUUAAGAAGUACGCCACCAGCCGCCAGGCAUCAUUUUCCAAGAGUCAACGGCCGACGCACAUACACCAACUACGCGCUGUUACCACUCCAAUUGCUCUUCACUGGAAGUUAAAGAGGAACAAGCAGAAAGAAAAUAAAUGUGCGAAAUGUUGCGCUUUCUCGCUUAUCUGCUUGCCAUCUGCUUUAUCUUAUCAGCAGUGCGCAUGCAAAUUCUACAUGGUGCAGUUAUCUGGCACAGCGGUAAUUUUCAGCGCACGCAACAUUUUGCCGCUCCUCCACCGGAUCUGAGUUUGCCUCCAAUUUAUCUGCCCGAGUACACGCCCAUAAGUGAAGAGCCACAGGAAUGAGCUGAGCGUAAUAAAUAAGUAUUAUUAAUAAUAAAUAAAUAUUAAUUUUAAAUAUGA